UCUGUAUUCCUGCCUUCGUGGGUUAUGAAAGAUAAGACGGAGAGAGACCAAAAACAACAUAGAAAUUACACACAGAACACACACUUCUGGAAAUUCCGAUGUUAAUCUAUGAAUGAAUGAGAAGAAAAAAUGAAGACAGCAACUUUGAACCAAAUAGAAGUGUUACCCCAUUUUCAAAAACCCUUUUGCUAUCCUUCUAAAACCCUUAAACCCCACUAUUUAUUUUCCAAAAAUCAAGUAUUUUUCACUCCAAAGUUGCAAUUUUUAAAGCCCCAGAUUAAACCCUUUUGCUUUAGCCCCAGAAAGCUCAGAAUCAAGGCUUUCAAUGCUUCUUCUUCUUCUUCUGCAUCUCAGGGCUCCAGUUCAGAUGAAAAUGAAUCAGCUGAGCAGCUUUUUGAGAAAUUGAAAGAAUCGGAGAGAGAACGUGUAAAUAAGCUGGAGGAGUUUGAGAGGAAGGCAAAUGUUCAGUUGGAGAGGCAGCUGGUAAUGGCUUCUGAUUGGAGCAGGGCAUUGCUGACAAUGCGGGGAAAGGUGAAGGGAACUGAAUGGGAUCCUGUGAAUUCUCAUAGGAUAGACUAUAGUGAGUUCCAGAGGCUUCUGAAUUCAAACAAUGUACAGUUUAUGGAGUACUCAAACUAUGGACAGACGGUUUCAGUGAUUUUACCAUACUACAAAGAUGGCAAAAGGGAAGGUUCUGCAGGGAAUAUGAACAACAUUGUUUUCCGGCGCCAUGUGGUCAAUCGUAUGCCUAUUGAUUGUUGGAAUGAUGUUUGGCAGAAGUUACAUCAACAACUUAUAAAUGUUGAUGUGUACAAUGUUAAUACAGUUCCAGCAGAAGUUUAUUCAACUGUUGCAACCGCAGUUGUGUGGUCUAUGCGCCUUGCUUUUGCAAUUGUAUUAUAUCUCUGGAUUGAUAACAUGAUGAGACCUAUUUAUGCAAAACUCAUACCAUGUGAUCUCGGAGAGCCCCCAAAGAAGAAAAGACAGCCACUGAAACAGCGUGCCCUUGGAUCAUUGGGCAAGAGUAGGGCUAAAUUUAUAUCAGCAGAGGAAAAAACUGGUAUUACAUUUGAUGAUUUUGCUGGGCAAGAAUACAUUAAGAGAGAGCUACAAGAGAUUGUAAGCAUUUUAAAGAAUGAAGAAGAAUUCCAAGAUAAAGGCAUCUAUUGUCCAAAAGGUGUACUUCUCCAUGGCCCCCCUGGAACUGGGAAAACUCUUCUUGCAAAAGCUAUAGCUGGUGAAGCAGGUCUUCCAUUUUUUGCAGCUAAUGGGACUGACUUUGUGGAGAUGUUUGUAGGAGUGGCUGCAUCUCGUGUGAAGGACCUUUUCGCUAGUGCGAGGUCAUUUGCCCCAUCAAUCAUCUUUAUUGAUGAAAUCGAUGCAAUUGGCAGCAAACGUGGUGGCCCUGAUAUUGGUGGGGGUGGUGCAGAGAGGGAACAAGGAUUGCUUCAGAUACUUACUGAAAUGGAUGGUUUUAAAGUGUCAACAUCACAGGUGCUAGUUAUUGGUGCAACAAAUAGACUAGAUAUCUUGGAUCCUGCUCUCUUGAGGAAAGGCCGUUUUGACAAGAUUAUAAGAGUUGGCUUGCCAUCAAAAGAUGGUAGGUUGGCCAUAUUAAAGGUGCAUGCGCGAAACAAGUAUUUUCGUUCUGAAGAGGAGAAAGAAACUCUGUUGAAGGAAAUAGCUGAGCUCACUGACGAUUUUACUGGGGCGGAACUGCAAAAUAUACUGAAUGAAGCUGGGAUUUUGACUACUAGAAAGGACAUGGACUAUAUAGGGCGUGAUGAACUUCUGGAGGCAUUGAAAAGACAAAAGGGCACAUUUGAAACUGGCCAAGAAGAUAGCACAGAAGUUCCUAAGGAAUUGAAACUAAGAUUGGCAUAUCGAGAAGCUGCUGUUGCUGUUCUUGCUUGCUCCUUCCCAGAUCCUUAUCGGCCUUUCACCGAGACAGAUAUAAAUUCUAUCCGUAGUCGACCGAAUAUGCACUAUGUGGAAACCCCAGGCAGGGUUUUUAAAAGAAAAGGAGAUUACGUGAACUCCAUAGUGCGUGCAUGUGCUCCUAGAGUUAUUGAGGAAGAGAUGUUUGGAGUAGACAAUCUUUGUUGGAUUUCUGCCAAGUCAACUGUAGAAGCUUCGAGGCUUUCAGAAUUUCUGAUUCUGCAGACUGGAAUGACUGCUUUGGGAAGGCUUACUACAGAUACCAGAAUGAUCUUGUGCCUAAUCUUGCUGCCAAACUUGAAGCACUUAGAGAAGAGUACAUGCGCUUUGCGUAGAGUCAUGACUCAUCUGUGCUAAGAGAAAACCAUUUUGCUGUUGAAAGUAUAACAGAUAUUUUACUUGAGAAAGGAGAGAUAAAAGCUGAUGAAAUAUGGAGAAUAUACAAAAGCUCUCCACGCAUACCUCAG